ACUUAUUUUAUCAUUACCAGCCCUCAUACAUUCUUCUAAUUAGUGUGAUAUCUAGUAUCUACUAUCUCCAAGCAAAUGGGGUUCUCCAAGCGCAUGCUUCCUGCUAUCCUCCUCCUCUUCUUGCUCCUCAUUGCCACUGAGAUGGGGCCCACGAUGGUGGAGGCAAGGACUUGUGAGUCACAGAGCCACAAGUUCAAGGGCCUGUGCGUGAGGGCUAGCAACUGUGCUAACGUUUGCAAGACUGAAGGGUUCCCCGGUGGAAAGUGCCGCGGAUUCCGUCGGCGAUGCUUCUGCACUAGGCCUUGUCGUGAAGAGGAGAACGAAUGAGUUGAACGGCUUAUAAAUUGUUGCUGAUCAGUGGUUUUAUGGUGUCUGAGUGCGUGUGAACGUGUCCUGUCUUUGAGAAUAAAGCUGUUGGGUAGCUAGUCCAGUGUUGUUUGUUUUGUUGAUUAAUGGUGAAGAUGUUAAAUAGUUUUCACUAAUAAUUUGUAUUCAUCUCAAAACAAAAAUAUCAAAUGCUCUCUCUGUUUGCUGUCAA